UGUCUUUYAGGGAAAGGGUUGGUACAAGUUACUUCACCAAAACAAGAGAGUGAUAAUACUAUAGAACCAAGUUAUGUUAUUACUUCUAAAAGAUUAGUAAAAACAGACAGACCAAAAUCAUGUAUACCAUCAUCCCAAGCAGAUAAACAUUCCAGUCCUCAGCGUAUUCCCAGGGCGGCAACAGCAGUAGGAUUAAGAAAUGUUGGUAACACAAAAACAGGUCUAGUUAGAGCUAAGACAGCCAGGAGAAAACCAAGACUAGGAGAUCGAGUUCAGUUAGGCCACCAGGCUUGUGGUAGACUGGUUGCUCUUCCUGAAAAUCAUGUUGGACUUGUGCAACUGGACACUGUUGCUGCGUCAAGAUUCCAGCAAGCUGAUCAUCAAAUGCACAGCAAAUUUGACAACCAAUUUCACUAUGUCAACUUUAAACUGAUGGAAUGGGAUUACAGAAAUGGGAAAUGGAGAAUUGUCUCAGGUGUUCUGACCAAUCAUACAACAUUACCAGUUUCUCACAAGCAAUCAUCUGUUGAAUCUAGAGAGAAUGCAAGGUUUUUAUCUGAAGCAUUACAGCAGACAUUGAAACUUAGAGUUGAUCUCCCUCUUGCAAACAAAACACAGAUUAUUGAUACUGAACAUGAUGGCCCCAAGGCUCUUAUCACAGACCAUGUGAGGUCYAUCGUAAAGGAAUGUCUUGAAGAAGCUGAAGUGUGUUGGACGGAUGCUAAACCUGAAAUACUUGAUGAAAACUGGAAUGAACCUGAAAGAACAGAAAGUCCAGGUCCACAGUCUGAAGUCACUGUACAGAUAGAUUCAGAGUCACAUUAUUCAGGGAAGCAAGAGAUAGUUGAAAGUGAAGAACCAUUUGGUGAGGAGCAUUUGGRSGACAGGUCACAUAGCCCCAUACCAAAAGCCACGCCCAURMUGACAUCCCACAUGAUUCAAAUGUACCAACCAAAUACUGGUCCUGUGCAGCGAUGGCAGCAAAACUACCAUGAAGAACUGGUCUCACAGACWGAGAAUGAAAGACUAAAUGCAUGGUCCUCCUCAGAAGCCAUGAAGAUUGGUUCCAGUACAGGCCUUCCAUCACGYGUUGGCAGUGCUACAUUKAAGCCUACCAYCAAGACCCAUGACCCUCCUCCACAGCGGCCAACUUCUCCAGCCCAUACUAUUGCAAUAAAGCAGGGAAACAGYUGGUUGGCUGGUGGUAGGGAUGUUAGUGCUUCAGCAAGUGUAAGGCACAUGCCAUCAACUAUUCCUGGAUGGAUGGAAGAGUUAGAGACUUCUAGAAGACCUAAAUCUUGUUCUGGUACAAGACAACAAAAUAAACCAAUUCCAGGGCAUGCUAGCUGGUCACACUUCUCAAGACCUUUUACAGCAACUAGAGGGAGAACCAGCAGUGCAUCAGGGACCAAAGCAUACAAGAGAGUGCAGUCAGCAAAGGUUGUUGUGAGAAGAUAACAUUGCUACAAACAUUGAAAAAACAAUAUUUAUUGAAUCAAUAUUAUUAAUAGAUAUUUAAUAUUUUAUCACUAUUUUGACAUAUUGAUCAGUUUUUCAUAACAGCAUCCCAAACUCUUUCUCUCGGUUGUAAAAAUAAGGGAAGGGUUAAGUUAUGGUAGUGAAGAUCGGCAACUAGCUAAAAUUAGGAUGAUUGUUUUUUUUUAUGUAUUUAUUAAGGUUUGUAUAUUUUUAUAUAUUCAGAGUGUAAAUAUACAGAUUCAAAGUGUGAUAUACACACCUGGCUGUUCCUGUGAAAGGAGCUUAUUCUCUAGCAUUUAAUUAAAAUAUUGUCUUAUGCCAAGAUAAGCUGAUUUGACAGCACAUGCUAAGGGGUAUAUUCUAAAAAAACGUUAUAAUCCAGGUACGAGACUUUGGCUCAAAGACUCUAAAGGACAAAGAUCUAUAAAAUAUAUUUUUGUCCUUAAUGUCUGAUUUGUAGUUAUAAAUAUUUAAUUAUUUUAAGAGUUUGCAGUUUCUGUGUUUAUG